CUACAUCUUUUAGCCAGAAUUUGUUUAUGUAAUAAUAGAUCAUGAAGAUAGUGGAGUUUCCCUAAGUAUUUUUCAAUGAUUUAAAAUCUUUAUUUACAUGAAAUUAUUUACUUAUUUUUGAGUGGUUUCAAAGAGUUUGUUUCUAAAUCUAAAGUUAUGGAAUGUUUACUGCACUCAGAGAGUGGAGACGAGGCUAAACCUUUUGAGACCGCGGUGCAGAUAAAAGAAGAAACAGGUUAUGAGACCAUGGAUCCUACAAGGGCUUGCCGUCCAGACCUCUACGAUGUCCAUGUCAAGGUGGAACCUUUAGAGAACUUAGACGUAGAAGUGGCAUGUCUAACAACAGGAACUAUUAAAAAGGAAUCACUAAUUGUUGACGCAGAAUUUGAAGACAUGCAAAUUGUAACCAGUUAUGAUAGCCAGAUAGAAGUAUGUAUCACCAAGGAAUCAAGCUCAAGUCCUACUGAAGAUGAGUUUGUUAUAAACAAAGACUUUCUUCAAUGCAGCAUAUGCCACAAAAUAUUUGAUGAUAAUAUAAAUUUCAAAAUUCACAGGCUUACGCAUGAUGAAGACAAAUCUAAGUUAAAGAAAAAGAAAACUAACAACAAUGCUUGUCAAAAUAAAGAAAGUAUUACUUGUAAAAUAUGUGAACUACAAUUUACAAGUUUGUCUACUUAUAACAAACAUAGGAAAAUACAUUUACCUGACAAGCCAUUUAAAUGUGCAUUUUGUGUAAAGGCAUUUAAUUCCAAUUUCUUACUUGCAAAUCAUGAGCGAAUCCAUACUGGGAAAAACCUUUUUCUUGUGAUCUUUGUGAUAAAAAAUUUGCAGAAAAAGCUAACUUAAACAGGCACAAGAGAAGUCACUCAGGAGCCAAGCCAUACCGCUGUGAUGUGUGCUCAAAUAGUUUCUCUUGUAAACAGAAUUUAAAAGCACAUAUGAUAUAUUCACACACUGAUGAGCAACUGUGGCAAUUUAAAUGUAAAUUUUGUAAUAAGCGGUGGUCCAAUAGUAAUCAUUUGAGGAGACAUCUAAGAACCCAUACAGGAGAAAGACCUUAUUCAUGUGACAUUUGUAAAAAAAGUUUUCACCGCAAGUACUAUUUAGUCUUCCAUUUAAGAGCUCACAAUAAUGAGAGACCAUAUGCAUGCGAUAUUUGUGAUAAAAAGUUUGUAAGUAAACAAGAAUGCAAGAAACAUUUAAAAAUUCACAUGACCAAAAAGAAAUAACUGUUUUUAGUUUGUAUGCAAUAAAUGUUAUCAACACACACACCUUUGGUAAAUGUACUAAAGAUAUUUAAAAAAUAUGUUCAGAAGGCAC